GGUAAACUUUACGUGGGGACGUUGUCAGUGAGUGUAAUAAAAUUAUCCUGGCCCCCACAAGUCACAUGGUGUGUCCCGCUCUCCAGCCUGCCUCUUCCUGUCCGUGAGAAGGCGGCCAUCUUGCUCUGCCAGACGGUUUCCAUUCGUGUUGCUGGCUGCGGGCAGAGCGCUGAGAGGAACAUGCCGGCCUUACCGUUACAGCUGAUGGCGCCGCAGCCCCCGGACGGAGUCCAGGUGAGUGCCGAGCGGGGAGGGUGUCCCCGGGGAUCCGCGGCCGGGGUGACCGACACCUUACAGAGGCCGUCACUGUGAGUGAGAGAGACACACACACACUCUCUAUCUCACUCUCUCAACCUGCGGCACUCCAGAUGGUGCGGACUACAUCUCCCAUGAUGAUUUGCAAGCAUUAUGGCUGUAAGCGCUGCUACAUAUUGUUGGUGCUGUAUAAAACUUAAUAAGGGCAUUAUGGGAGAUGUAGUCCACAACAUCUGAAGUGCUGAAGGCUGCCCACCCUGUGCAACUAGGACAUCUGCUGCGUGGGAAACCAACUCGUCCCACUCCUGAUACUCUGUCCCUACAUCAUGCUGGUGUUCCUCUAACUUGUCCAGAUCAGCUUUGCAAUGUUGUUUAGUAUAAAUCCCUGUAGGAUCUGGUGAAAAGUUUAAAUGCAGAUAAGGAGAUUGCAACCUCUGAGCUCCUAUAAUCGUGUUGGAGAUAAGUAGUCAAGAAGUCCUCCUAGAAUUAAACAAUUACUCCAACCACCACAACCUUCUCAGUGAUUUGAAGUGGUCAUGGUGGUAGGUGUCUGAAUGUGACGCAUUUCUUUUUGAAGUAACCCUUUAAAGGGGCACUCCACUACCAAAAUAAAUCUAUUAAAAAAAAAUGCAUAGUAGAUACACCUCCAACAAAAGCUUGUAUGCAUUUAUUUAUGAUUUAGAUACCUCCCUAAUAAAAAAAUAAAAUAAAACAGCUUGUAAGCUGCAGUUCGUUUUUCUGCUGCCUUUGUAAGCCUGUCUAGACUAUUUGUGGCUGUCCAAUCACAGACUUCUCAAUACAGCUGAAUGUGAAGGCCUUCCAAGGCAGGUGCUUCUGCUUCUUGAUUUAAGCUCAACUGAGCUCACCAAACCAGGAAGUAACAGGACCAGUUAUCUGCUUGAAAGCCAGGUGGCUUUCUUCACACACACGCUAAUGUGGUUAAAGGGUCCAGAGUGUCCUUUUGAGGUGGUUGUAGAUAAACAGCCUAAUAUCUCUAAAUAUAUUUAAAGUAAUCACUGAACAAGCUUCCCAUCCAUAUAAAACUAACCCUCAAUAUGUGUAUUAGUGAGGGCUUUGCAAUAUAUAACCAUUACAUUUACGCUUCAGAGGUUUGUUUUUUUUCUCCUCUAUUGCAAAUGUUUCUUGCCAAUAAGCAUGUUUAAUAUCUCUCCCACCAUACUUCAAAAGGUGGUCCUUAUGCAAUGCUCAGACACUAUGAUUGCCUUGACUCUUCCUCAUCACUUCUCUAGAUACUUCAUGGCUGGAAAAAUAUUUGAAAGGUUAUUAAGGGAUAAUAUUCAAGAAUUCCUUGAGAAGAACAUGGUUAUCAGCAAAAAUCAGCACUGUUUUAUGUAGCACAGGUCAUGUCAAACUAACUUGAUUGCGUUCUACGAAGAAGUAAGUAGAAGUAUAGAUCAGGGUGUUGCUGUGGAUGUGAUCUAUUUGGAUUUUACCAAGGCAUUUGAUACAGUUCCACACAAUAGAUUAGUGUUCAAACUCAAGGAAAUCGGUCUAGAUGAAAAUGCCUGUUCUUGGGUAGAACAUUGGCUUAUAAAAAGAGUACAAAGAGUUGUCAUUAAUGGUAAAUUUUCAAGCUGGACAGAGGUGACAAGUGGUGUCCCUCAAGGGUCUGUUCUGGGACCCCUUCUAUUUAACAUAUUUAUAAAUUAUCUUGAAGACAGCAUUGAAAGUCAUGUUUGUGUUUGCAGAUGACACAAAACUUUGUAAAAUAAUACAAUGUGAGCAAGAUAUUACUUUGCUGCAGAGGGAUUUAGAUAGACUGGGGGACUGGGCACUCAAAUGGCAGAUGAAAUUUAAUGUUGAAAAAUGCAAAGUUAUGCACUUCGGCGUAAAGAAUACACAAGCAACGUAUACCCUAAAUGGAAGCGAAUUAGGGAUAACAACACACGAAAAGGACUUGGGAAUUGUUAUUGACAACAAACUAUGCAACAAUGUGCAAUGUCAAUCCGCAGUGGCCAAGGCCAGUAAGGUAUUGUCAUGCAUUAAAAAGAGCAUUCAUUCUCAGGACGAGAAUAUAAUUUUGCCUCUUUAUAAAUCACUGGUAAGACCACAUUAUGAAUAUGCUGUGCAAUUUUGGGCACCUGUUCUAAAGAAGGAUAUUAUGGCACUAGAAAAAGUGCAGAGGCGGGCUACAAAAUUAAUAAAAGGAAUGGAACAUAUCAGCUAUGAAGAAAGGUUAACAAAUUUAAACCUAUUUAGUUUAGAAAAACGUCGCCUGAGAGGGGAUAUGAUAACAUUAUACAAAUAUAUUCGGGGCCAAUACAAACCAUUGUGUGGAAAUCUAUUCACAAACCGGACUUUACAUAGGACACAAGGCCAUGCGUUUAGACUGGAAGAAAGAAGAUUUCGUCUAAGGCAAAGGAAAGGUUUUUUUACUGUAAGAACAAUCAGGAUGUGGAAUUCUCUGCCUGAAGAAGUGGUUUUAUCAGAGUCCAUACAGAUGUUCAAACAGCUACUAGAUGCAUACUUGCAAAAACAGAAUAUUCAAGGAUAUAAUCUUUCAAUGUAGGGUAAUAACUGCUUGAUCCAAGGAUAAAUCUGACUGCCAUUCUGGGGUCAAGAAGGAAUUUUUUUCCUAGCUUGUUGCAAAAUUGUGCUUCAAACUGGGUUUUUUUGCCUUCUUUUGGAUCAACAGCAAAAAACAAAUGUGAGGAAUGCUGAACUUGAUGGACGCAAGUCUCUUUUCAGCUAUGUAACUAUUUCUCCAACACGUACUAGCUGCAUACGUAAGGAUGAUAUUGACGAUAUUGGUAUUACUUGCAUUUAUCUAUUGCCAACAUAUUCUGUAGUACUUCACAAUUAUAGAAUGGGGAUAUUUCACGACAAGUAAUUGACAUUAAAAAAAAAUUAACGGAGACGAGGUGAAGAUUGCUUUGCUCAAAAAUAGGGAUAGACUAAUUAUUAAUUCUGCCGAUUUUAUUAGAGUAGAUAUCUGGCAUAAUAAUUUCAGCUGAAUCAGUAUUGGCCUUGUAAUUUACAGUUAAUUUACUCCUAAAUUGUCACAUACUGUCCUGCAUUUGGACACUAGCCGCAAACCAGUGAGGCGCCUCAUCAUGACCUCAAAUCACCCCUUUCUGUGAUUUCCAGCAUGCGGAGCUCAGAUGAAGGAAGGGAGGUGAGACCGUGAAUGAUUAAAGUAAUGUAUUUGGCUGGCUGACCGCAAUAGAACGGAUGGUAAUCAUUCUCCUAUCCGUAACAGCACUGUACAUGUUGGGAUCUCAGUGAUCCCAGCAUGUACUGGCUUUCUGAGAGUGAUUUGAUUGUGACUGCUGACAAGAAUCAAAUGCCUAUCAGAGCACUGUACAUGCCCUGAUCUCACUGAUCACAGCAUGUACUGGCUGCCAGAGAGUGAUAGGAGUAUGAUUGCUGUCGGCAUGUUCAGUUAAUGCCAGGUUUGUGUAGAAAUUGUUACUGUUUAAGUCCUGUAGAUUAAAAAGGAAUGUGUUUAAGGAUGUACUCCUGUCUGUAAAAUAAUUUUCCCUUUUGAUUGUGAUUUAUUUAUUUAUAUUUCCCCUCAUGACUCAAAAGCAAAUGGAGGAGGAAAAGAAAGAAGAGGUGGUUCCAUCCAAGCCAAUAGUGGGAAUUAUAUAUCCACCUCCUGAAGUCAGAAAUAUUGUGGAUAAAACUGCAAGCUUCGUGGCCAGGUGAGUGCAUUCAUGUCGUGGUGUGUGUGUGUGUAUAUAUAUAUAUAUAUAUAUAUAUAUAUAUAUAUAUAUAUAUAUAUAUAUAUAUAUAUAUAUAUAUAUAUAUAUAUAAUAAUUUUUUUUAUUUUUUUUUUUAUUCUCUUUUUACUGUUGAGGCAUGAUAUUUUACAGCCACUAGAGGCGCUUGCGUGCUUCUCACUGUGAUUUUCACAGUGAGAGCACGCAAGCGUCCAUAGGAAAGCAUUGCAAAAAUGCUUUCCUAUGCGACCGGUUGAAUGCGCGCGCAGCUCUUGCUGCGCGUGUGCAUUCAGCCGACGGGGAGGAUCGGAGGAGGAGAGCUCUCCGCCCAGCACUGGAAAAGGGUACGUUUUUACCCCUUUCCAGAGCCGGGCGGGAGGGGGUCCGGGCACUAUAGUGCCAGGAAAACGUGUAUGUUUUCCUGGCACUAUAGUGGUCCUUUAAUCUCGGCUAUCUACUUUUAUCAGCAUAUCAAGUUGCUAUAGAAACUUGUAGCUAUAAUAAAGGAUUAUGUUUUUCUACAUAUAGAAAGUAUGUUAAAGGUUAAAACUGCAAGCGAGCAGAGCCCUACCCACAACCUUUCCUCUCAUUAACCCAUUGGUGAAUGAAGAUCCAAUCAAUGAUAGAGGCACUUUAUUUAAACAAUAAUAAAAAGUGUAAUAAAUACAGUGAGAACGGUGUGAGUGCGAUCUAACACCUGAGUGGGAAACCCCUUAUACCACUCAAGAAUAAACAUAAAAUACAAUACAUACAAUAGGUGGAUCAAACUUCUUAAAAUAUCUAAAAGAGAAUAAAAACAGCAAUAUAGUGUAAUAUUGUCAGCAAAUGGAUAUCCAAUUAAUGAAUGAAGGUAGUCAGGUACUCACAAACCGAGAGCCAAACAAGGACAUGUGGCUCUCAUGGGAACAGCACUGGGACCAUUAAUAGGAUGUCCCUUUCCUUCUGAGGAUCUUCUGUUAGCCAAAAAGAAAUGGAGCUGGAAACACUUAAAAAGUAAAGUGUUUAUUGAUCCCAAUAAGGGUAAAAAAUCAGGAGACUAUCUCCAAUAAAACAUAUACAGUAUAAUAAAAUAGAGUCCAAAAUCAACAAGGAGUCUCUAUAUUACCGAAACGCGUUUCGCCCCGUGCCAGGGGCUUCCUCAGUCGGUGAAUUAUUUAAACCACUGCCUCUUUAGACUCGGUUCCCCUGGAAGAGCCUUAACGGUGAAACGCGCGUCGGCCGUAUACAUAGUAUAAUGCUGGUCUAACUGAUAUGGGACAGCAUGAAUUAAAAUCAUUUUGACCUUACUAGCCAUACUCUUUUUAUUUAUUUAUUUAUUUACUUUAUUUUAUUUUUUUUUUUAUUUAUGUUCACUUUGUGUUGGGAUCGCUUUCCACCAUACUUACCUAGUCCCACGAGAGAGACUCAUAGCUCUUUUGCUGUAUUGAGACGACUAGGCAUUGUACCAAGAGAAGGGAGGAGGGACUAGAAUUUUUUUAAGGGGUGCCCUCGAAGGCACAAUAGAGUAGGGAACUCUACAACCUGCAGGAUUUGUUCACUGCUCUGUUCAUCUGUCACAUUAUAUAUUUCUCCUCCUGGCUAAGAUGAUAUGAUACAAAUGUAACAUUUACACAUCUCAUUACAUUUUGGUUUCAUACAACUAUGUAUGGUUUGAUCACUAAAUCAUUUCCCACUUGUAUAUACUCAUUUUUGUCCUAGGUAUUUUUUCACAUAGAUUAUUCAUUGCACUUAUUAUUCUUUGGACCACUGUAUUAGUUUUAUUUUUGAUCGUUUUCUUCAAACAGAUCAAUUGGAACAUAUAUUAAUUGAUCAUAAUCCUCCUAAGGAUUAAUAUUUUUUUUGUAGGAUUUUCUUUUCCAUACUUCAUAGAUAUUAACUUUAUUCAUAAGAGUUUCUAGAAUUUUUUUUUUUUUACAAAUAUAUUAAGUGAUGUUUUAUUUAAUAUUAUUUGGGUUACUCUUUGCACUAAAUGAUUUACCUCCUAAAUGGUUUACCCAGGUGUUUUUUUUUUGUUUUUUUUUCCUUUGUCUUAGUUAAUUAAUUCUGGAAGUUACUCCCACCCCCCUUUUCCAUUAGAGUAACCUGACACUUUCUCUCUAGAAGGUCACUCAGUCUGUUGUAAUAAAAAUGAAAUGUUUAUUCCCCCUUAUUAGUAGUAAGAUGGCUGUAAUGACAGGUGAUCCCUGGCCAAUCCGGUACUUCUCAUGAGAAUCAGACACAAUGGCGCAUGCACCUCAAUUGCCACAGGAUCUUUGCACCAAAACCACUAUAUUAAGAUUCAAUUACAAUUUCAGCUUCAGUUAUAAAAUAAUUAAUGUAUAUUGUGAAACACUUGUUUAUUUACUUUUAAUAUAUGUUCUUUAUCACAGACUAGGUGCUAUUAGGUUAUUUUAUCUGUGCAUUCUUUAAUCACUCCCCAUGAUUUGAAUAGCUAACUGUUUGCUUCUUGCUGUUUUCAUUCUCUGCUAUGAAAUACUUGAAUGUAUUGCUGCUUUUUGUACACUUUUGGUCAUUCCAUUGUCCAUUAUAUAGGUAUCUUAUCUUAUUUUUUUCAUUAAAUAUUACUUUUUUUGGUCUGCAUUAUAUGACCAGGUAAUUAUACCUGUAUAGCAAACUGUUGGAUUGAAUCCUACACAUCUACCACUAAUCUCUCAUAUUGCAGAAAUGGUCCAGAGUUUGAAGCCAGGAUUAGACAGAAUGAAAUCAACAAUCCCAAGUUUAACUUUUUGAAUCCAAAUGACCCUUACCAUGCCUACUACCGCCACAAGGUCAAUGAGUUUAAAGAAGGAAAAGCCCAAGAACCUUCUGCAGCCAUUCCUAAAGUAAUGCAACAACAACAGUCUGUGCAGCAGCUGCCUCAGAAGGUAAGUAGAAGUGUAUUGUCUUCUGACAGGCUUGUAAACAUAAAGGUUUUUUUGUUUGUUUUUUUACAUCUGAAAUUCCAGGAUAUGAGCAAUAUAUAUCACAGAACUCUUAUUGCAUAGUGACAGUGUUAUAAUUGUUUCCUUGAUUUUGUAUGGUGAUGCUCUUUAUUAUGUUUGCCAGGUUCAGGCCCAAGUUGUUCAGGAAACCAUUAUCCCAAAGGAACCACCUCCAGAAUUUGAGUUUGUGGCUGAUCCACCUUCUAUCUCUGCUUUUGACCUGGAUGUCGUAAAGCUUACUGCUCAAUUUGUGGCUCGUAAUGGCCGUCAGUUUCUGACACAGCUGAUGCAAAAAGAGCAGAGGAAUUACCAGUUUGACUUCCUUCGGCCUCAACACAGCCUCUUCAAUUACUUCACCAAGCUUGUGGAACAGUAUACAAAGGUAUGGCUUGAUGAGGUAGAAUUAAAACUAAACUGAUAGGUUUUACUCAUCACGUGCUUGUUUUAUUUCUCUUUUCUCCAGUAAAAUCUCAGGUGCUGCUAUAUAAGGUUUUGGUAACUUGCUCCCCCUCUCCCCCUCAAUGUGACCUGGGUGCUAUGUGGCAUCUCUACAGUGUGAACCAGAUGGGAGCAUUAUUAAUUGGUACUUAAAAUACAGGUCCAUGUUUAUCACUACGUAGGGAUGAGGUCCCCAUCCGCAGGCAAAGGUGACUAUGCUUAUGAGGCUAAACAAAAAACAGAGCAAGGUUAGGGAUUAUAUGAGGUUAUGAUAUUUGAGCCUCCCAUGCUGGUCUAUAUGUUUUUAUUCAUUUAUUUUAAGGGGAAAAUUGGCAUCUAGGAAAUGUUUAGUGUUUAACCCUUUCUCUUCUUAGUCAAACUAUUAGGUUGUUCUGAGUAUUACUAUUGAGUUAGCUAUAUAUUUUUAUAUUUUCUGAGUGCCUUUAGAGGCAGCUGUUGUAAAAGCCAAGAGUCACAUUCAAGCUGCUAUGGGACUGACUGCAUUUACAACAAGGUUAUUAAUAAACAUGACUCUGUACUCUCUAGCUCUGAUAUCGAAUAGCUCAAUGUUGGCAAUCUUCACUCUUUCAGAUCCUGAUACCUCCUAAAUCCUUAUUUCCCAAGCUGAAGAAAGAGGCUGAACACCCCACAGAGGUUUUAGAUCAGGUAAUUGUUCGUUUUUUGUUUGUUUGUUUGUUUGUUUGUUUUUUUCUUUUCUUAUUAAAUGCUUGUAUCUUUUGGACCUUUUGAGUUUAACUUUAACUUAAGAAAAAAAAAAAAUUUUUUAAUUUGUCUCCAGUCUUACGUUGUGGUUUUCAUUAGCUGGGUGCUGGUAGAUGUGGAUUACAGUCUGAAUUAAACAUUGUUUACCCAUGUUGGAUUUAUUUUAUGUCUUUUCUUCAUUUUGGUACAUACAGCUUCUUAAAGUGGCAUAAGAUUCUCACAAAGCCUGCUUUUCACUUAAUCGGCGUGCUUAGCAAAUUCCAUGGAUAAUUUUUCUAGCAGUAGAUCACUUUUUUAGUAGUUUCGUUCAUAAAAAAAAAAACAAACAAAAAAAAAAAACCUGGAUGAGACUUCUGCGAAUUGGUAGAAGCUGUGUUUGCUGCUUACUGUUGAGAGCCUGCAAUACAUAGUAGGCUUUUGCAUGACACACACCAUACAAGUACAUGUGCAGGUAUUCAGAAACUGAGCUGCAACAUAUUGAACAGACGUUAGGGAAACUAGGGAUGGAGGAGUUCUAUACAGAAAAAGCUGUGUGAGUUGCAUUGCUGUUAUGCUGCAUGUUCACUGUUUAGUGAUCCAGGUUUUAAUAUUGGCUAGGCCAUGAACCACCCAUAUACAGUCUGUGGCAUUUUUCACUCCAGUGAGAGGAGAGAGAAUCUUCAUGAUUUUGUGUAUUACCUGUAGAUGUCAUAUGCAUAAUAUGGACAAAAUAAACAGCAUGGAACACACAGUGGUUACUGUAUUAGACAGCCUUAGUGGGUUGUCUUUGGCCAUUCUGAUUUUUACAAGUAAUUGACGCUAUAGCCCAUGCGUAGGCAACCUUUGGCACUCCAGAUGAUGUGGACUACAUUUCCCAUAAUGCUUUUACAGCCAUUAAGGUGGUGAAGCUUCUGGGGAGAUUUAGUCAACAUCAUCUGGAAUGCUGAAGUUUGAAUAGCCAUGCUAUGGCCUAUUCUCAGUAAUGAGCGGACUCUGGGUGCUCUAAGUAUCAUGGCUUUGCAAUAAUGCAUGGUGCUAGACUGAACCUUUUAGUGCACAUAAGCAAAUGCGCUAGUUAUAUUUGCACAUUUUUGGUUACACAUUUGAUUACACAGUAUAGAAGUAUCUAGCAAACAAGAUUAAAAUAGUUACUUUUGUUAUGGUUUUAUUAAGGCAAAUUUUUACUAACCCUGUGUGCUGGAGUUUGAGGGUCAUCGCUUUCUGUAAGAGAGUAAGUAGUUGGUGUUAUGUGAUCGUUUAAUUUGUAUGUUUCAAAAUUUUCUGUUUCUUUAGGUGCGUUACCGUGUUGAGUGGGCAAAAUUCCAAGAGAGGGAGAGAAAAAAGGAAGAGGAAGAGAAGGAGCGAGAGCGUGUAGCUUAUGCACAAAUUGAUUGGCAUGAUUUUGUUGUAGUGGAGACAGUUGACUUUCAACCAAAUGAGCAGGGUAAGAAAAGUCCUCAGUGUAAACAUAGCCUCUGCCUUCAUGGCCCUCCUCUGCUAAAACCUCAGUUGUGAUGUAUGUUUUGGUUUUAUACAACCAACCACUGGAUGUAGUGAUAAAGAGCUAUCCUAACUUCAUCACCAUGCUCCUCAAACUGUGCAAGUAUCUGAUGGGAGACUAACUUAACAGAAUCUUGCUAGUUUCAAAGCAAGGUUUUGUUAUGUCCCCUUUCAAAGAAUCAGAAUUUGGCAGGACGAAAGCAAAUUACUCAGAGAUUUGAUGUUUUAAAAGACAUUUGUUCCCACUGUCGUUACAGGAUUUGUGACACUUCUGAAAAGAUUAUACCCACACAAAUAUUCCAGCCGAUAUUUUGUUGAGCCAUUCAGGUCUUUUGUCCUCUGUUUAGCUCAUUUUGAACUGGGUGGAAUCUUUCAUCACAGUGGACAUGUUUGUUUGUGUUUAUUUUGAUGAAUACUUACAGCCAUUGCUGUUUCCCAAGAGUAGUGCAAGUUUAAGAGUGGCGCUAAAUUUUAUUUUUUCUUCUAUUAUGUUGUUUUUAUUAAAAUGCUAUUUAAUGGCACUAUGUUUCAUCAACACACAUUUUCUUUUUUACAUGGUUCCAGACACAUUAUUCUAAAUAGUGGGAUGCAUGUGCAAGAUCCCUUAUGGUACUGCAUUACUCUGUGCUCACUGGUUAAACUUGCUAAUGGAGACUAUUAGCUUUAUGCUCGCUUGUUUCCAGGAUCAGACCACAUAAACUGCAGAUUAUAGUUGUUGUUUUGUUAGGAUAGCCUCAGAGCAACAUGUAAAUUAAAGGACCACUAUAGUGCCAGGAAAACAUACUCGUUUUCCUGGCACUAUAGUGCCCUGAGGGUGCCCCCACCCGCCCGGCUCUGGAAAGGAGAUAAAACUUACCUUUUUCCAGCGCUGGGCGGGGAGCUCUCCUCCUCUGAUCCUCCUCUUCUCCUCCCCAUCGGCUGAAUGCGCAUUUCAGCCGGUCACAUAGGAAAGCAUUCAUAAUGCUUUCCUAUGGACGCUGGCGUGCUCUCACUGUGAAAAUCACAGUGAGAAGCACGCAAGCGCCUCUAGUGGCAGUCAAUGAGACAGCCACUAGAGGAAAUAGGGGAAGGCUUAACUCAUUCAUAUGAAAAAAUGGGUUAACCCUAGAAGGACCUGGCACCCAGACCACUUCAUUAAGCUGAAGUGGUCUGGGUGCCUCGAGUGGUCCUUUAAGGAGAUUGCAUUUUUAUUGUGGUUAAAUAAUGUGGAUAUUAAUGGCUGUUUUCGUUUUUAUUUUUUGGUUGGUUUGUUUUUCCGUAGGUAAUUUCCCACCUCCCACCACCCCAGAGGAGUUAGGGGCUCGUAUUCUGAUACAAGAGCGUUACGAGAAGUUUGGGGAGAGUGAAGAAGUGGAGAUGGAGGUAGAAUCAGAUGAUGAAGAGGAGGUGAAAGACAGUAAGGGUGACGAAUCUUCUCAAAUGGAUCAAGAUACUCAGGUUCAAGAUAUGGAUGAGGUGAGAUGUUUGUGUAACUUGUUAAAUAUAUAUUUUGGUACACUUAUUUUAAGUGGUUAUUUGUAGUUAUAAUUUGAAGUCUUUCCUUUUCUUUUUUUUAGCACUUGGUAAAACUUUUCACUGGACAGAAGUGAUUAAACACAAAUUUAUACUCCUUAUUUACCUCUAGCCUUAUUUAUGAGUCAGUCCAUCUCAGAGGAUACAAUAUAUGUAAAGUUGUUUGCUCUACCGUUUGUAACCCCUUUAUGACCAAACUUCUGGAAUAAAAGGGAAUCGUGACAUGUCAUGUGUCCUUAAGGGGUUAAACCGAAGCCACUAGGGAAAGGUAGAUUCUUGUGUGAAGUGUAUAGUGUCUGUUAGUAUAACAGAUGUUAACUGUUUCAAGAACAGUUUUUAGGGAUGGAGAUAAACAGUAACAAUUUCCUUUAGUCAAUUUGGAUCCUAACUGAUGCUAAGGGGGUUGCUCUCUAGCCAACCAAUAAUAAUGUAUACAACAAGUUGUUUCUUGGCUGGACAGAAAUGUUACAUCUACCAUUGCUUAUUCACGUUUCCUCUCUCUAGGGUUCUGAUGAUGAAGAAUAUCCCCAAAAAGCUCCUCUUCCACCUGAAGCUCCCAUGCCUCCACCACUGCCACCUACACCAGAUCAAGUCAUUGUCAGAAAGGAUUACGAUCCCAAAGGUUGGUGAUGAAGUCCAAUUCAGUCAGUGAAACCAGCAGAAAGCUGUAAUCAAAAUUGACUAAAACAGUGGUUAUAAUAUAACUGGUCAUAAUAUUGGUAUUCAUUUUAGCUGUUGAAAGCUAAAAUAUAAGCUGGUCAUUACAUCACUAAAUGUCCCGUAAUCCGAAUAUGCAUAUGCACGCUUCACCCACAUUUCUUGUGAAUGACAGAUGAAAAUCCUUUUUAUUUAAUUUUUUUUUUCUUGUGUCCAUAGCAAACAAGCCUCAGCCUCCUGCCCCUGCCUCAGAUGAGUAUCUGGUGUCCCCCAUUACCGGAGAAAAGAUUCCUGCCAGUAAGAUGCAAGAGCAUAUGCGAAUUGGGCUGCUGGAUCCUCGCUGGUUGGAGCAGAGGGAUCGCUCUAUCCGUGAAAAGCAAGGAGACGAUGAGGUGUACGCUCCAGGUAAGGAGUCAUUAAAAAAAUAUAUAUAUAUAUAUAUUUUAUAUUCUCAUCUUCGAACAAUCAGAGUAGUAAAUCAGGUGUUUGAAACUAAACACCCUUAAUUACCUUGUGUAUUUUUUUUUUUUUGUACUUUACGUCCGAACAGGGUUCAGCAACCUAUGGACUUAUGAGGCAUUUCCCUAGCAAUUUUGCAGCACUCAAAAGCCCAUUAUAACAUCAUAGGCAUCCUGCCAGAUCAUGACCAGCAUAAGCUUGUUUGCCUAGGAUACUCUAGCUGGGGCUGGCGGGGCAAGCUUCCAUUUGGCUGUGUGAGGAGUGAUUGCAACCAGUUGCUCCUUGUGAUGUGCAAAAGCUAAGGCUGUCCACAUGAUGGCAGACGACCCUGGGUGUGUAGACUUUGCACAUAAAGAGAAGGGGAUGAGGCUGCAUGUGAAUAUAAACUGCUAGUCCAGAAAAAACAUCAGAAUGGUUGCGGGUGAAGACACAGUAUGUGUUAGUGUGUGCAUCUGUGUGCGUCAUUUAGUGAGGUUUUGCAUGUGUGUCUUAAAAGAAAUUUGUGUGCAAAACUAUUAGUAUGUUUAAUUUAGAAUCUAUCUCCUGCUCUAAUUGCCUGCUAGAGCAAUGUAGUAGCCUCAUAUGUAUAAGUUAAUUAACUGAGCAAGAGAUAAAAACUUCUAAAGUAAAAAUAUUUUUUAAAACUUUUUUUGUGUUUGUGUGUGUGCAUGGAGACUGAGUCACAACCAGAGGAGAUGAAGCUAGGUCUGCAUAAAUAGAAACAAGUGAUCAAACACCUGAAUUGCAUAGAAUUAAGCACGGGGGCAUGAUCUAUACUAGGCUUUCCCAAACUUCGUCCCUCCAGAUGUUGCUGAACUACAACUCCCAUGAUUCUUUGGUUAUCUAUUUAAUUCAAAGAAUCAUGGGUGUUGUAAUUCAGCAAUGUUUGGGGAAGCCUGAUCUAUACACUAACAUGGCAUCAUUUAAUUAAACUUGCUUUCCUUCAAUCCCCACCUAAUGAUAUACUUAAGUAUAUGUCCAAUUCUCAGGUUGUAAAGAUGGUAUCCAUGAUGUCUCGCAGUAUGAUAUAUGAAAUGACACAACUAAAAAAAAUUCCAGUAGUACAGAAUUGUGCAAAAAAAUAAAAUAAAAUAUUAUGCUAGAUUAAAAAGUAAGAGGUACACUCACAAAGAGAGAACUGUUGUAUAAAGCUCCAAAUUUCCAAGUGUGAGGCGGUACAAUGCCUACCUACAGAUUUAUUGUCUCUGCAAAUUUCUCAUCUGCGUAUAUGUACAUAAAAGAAAAAAGGAGAAUAUAUAGUGCUCUCUGUACCAUAAAAUACUAGGACAAAUUGACGAAAAAAAGUAAGGAAAGUACAAUACAGCAAUAAUAAAAAUAAGAAUAGGUCCAAAACUGCAAAGACUUUAUUCUAAAUAAAUGCAGGCAAAAAUCAGAUAACAAAAUCCCCAACACAUUUCACAUAUGACAGGCUUUAUCAGUUUGAAAGAAAAAAAAAAUCCUUUGUAGGUGUAAGGGGUCCCUAUCUUCAGUUUUUGCUCUCCUUUUACUAUGCACAUUUUUCCCUGCAUGACUGGUAUGAGAAUAACAGGAAAUUGCUGACGAAUUCUGUAUUUUAAGGUCACUUUUCAUCCGAUUUUUCUAUCAAAAUUGUUUUUAAUUCUAGGAUUCAUCAGUAAUGGAUUCAAUGUGAUUUUAAACUUUUGACAGAACCCAAUCAGUUACUUUAUUUUACAGGGUGUCAUCUUUGUCACCAUUGUUUUUUGCACGUAAAACAAAAUACAGGUAGUGCCCAAGAUAAGAGAUUUAAAAGAUCUCUAAAAACACAGUAAACAGUCCUUAAUAUAUUCCAACAAUAGAAGAAUAAAAAAUACCAGGUAGCUAGAUAGUCUUAAAGUAGUAAAAUUCCAUCUACCAAUAUUCAUAAAAGUGAAUGUAUCUGUAUCAGGCGUGUGUGGUAUAAUCCCCACCUAGGAUUCUUUAUGCGUUCGUCCAUAGGGGUAUUUGGAAGUAUGUGCAGGAUGCCAGGUAAAAGUAACAGACUAAAAGGUAUAAAAGGGUAGCCAAAAUAUUUUUAGUGAAAUACAGAAUAAAAUCACGUUUCACCCUCUUGGGGCUUUAUCAAGUGGAAAAACUGUUUUUUGCAUGGUACAGUUAAGUUACUUAGUUUUUCAGCUCCAACUUUUUCUUCUCAGGGCUGGAUAUUGAGAGCAGCUUGAAGCAGUUGGCUGAACGUCGUACCGAUAUCUUCGGUGUUGAAGAAACAGCCAUUGGUAAAAAGAUUGGAGAAGAGGAGAUCCAGAAGCCUGAAGAAAAGGUAUCUUCUUGAUCCAAGGUCAUAAUCUGGGACAAAAUAGUACUUUUUAUUGUUUGUUUCAUCUCCUCGUGUUUCUCCUUUCACAAUAGGUAACAUGGGAUGGGCACUCUGGCAGCAUGGCACGUACCCAGCAAGCAGCGCAAGCCAAUAUAACCUUACAGGAGCAAAUUGAGGCCAUUCACAAGGCUAAGGGACUGGUGCCAGAAGAGGAUGGCAAGGACAAGAUUGGUCCCAGCAAGCCCAAUGAGAUGUCUCAACCUCCACCUCCAUCUUCUGCAUCAACCAUGACCAGCUCUGCACCACCUAUGAAUGUUGCAUCUAGGCCACCUCCACUAUCCCACCAACAACAGAUGAACACACCAGUGUCUCGACCACCCUCGGUAAGCCUUGUCUAAUGUCUUACUUACAUGCUUAAAGAAACACUACAUUGGACAGGGGAAUUAAAAUUAUAUCGAAGAAGGUUAUCAUAGCAAAAGAAAAGUCUUAUUUUGAUUUUAAAGUCCUUGGCGUGCCAUUUGUUUGGAUGGUGAAUAAUCAGCUUAACGUUGCACUGGGCAUAUAAAUGUUGAAGUCUAUGAAUAGGUAAACACCCAAUGAAAUUGCGUGUGCAUUUAUUUCUAGAACUCGAGUAGAUAUGCACCCAAUGAAAGAGUGUCUUUAUUUUUCUUUGGGGUUUUUUUUUCUGCUGCCUUUGGAAGCCUCUCCCUAAAUAGAGAAUACUCCAAUCAGAGGAUUCUCAUUGACAAACCUCUUUGCUGGAGCUGCUCAGGAAAGCAUGGAAUACAUUCUCAAGGGAUUGUGCAUUUCAUGCUUGCCUCGGUUUUUCUAUUCAUCUCCAUUAACAUUUCAGUAGUGUUAGGUCUAGUUCAGAAAUGAGGAACUAUCUUUUAUAGAAAGGUAUCAUAGGCUUACAGAGAAGUGGGAAACAAAAUCUGAAAAACCUGCUAGAGGUUUGAUAAAUAUUUUAUUUUUUUAAAUGUUUCAGCAUUUUACUUGUAUUUAUAAUUUCCCUGCAUUAACUGUUUUCUUGUCUUUUUUUUUUCUUUCUCCUCCCCAUAGAUGCCACCUCCUAUACGUACCACUAUGGUGUCUGCCAUGCCAGUGAUGCAGAGGCCUCCUAUGACCUCUGUGGUGCGUCUUCCACCAGGUUCUGUCUUAACGGCUCCCAUGCCACCAAUACUACACUCACCAAGGAUCAAUGUGGUGCCAAUGCCACCCAAUCCUCCACCCAUGAUGGCACAGCGUUCUCCACAUAUGAUUGUCCCAGCUGGUGAGUGAUAUGUUUGCCACUUUAGUUGCUUAAAAAAAUUAAAAAUCUCAAUGAUUUGCUUUAUGAGCAGGAGCAUAUUAUACAAAAUUUCUGUCCUAUCAAAUGAUUCUCCUAAUUGUAUAAAAAAUAUAACCACAUUUUAUCUGCAAGCUAAUAGAAUUGAUGUAUUCAGAUGUGAUUAGUGUAUAGGUGCGUGUGUGUUAACAAAUGGUGUUUCUUAGAGGGAGAAAUCCCACUGACAUAUGGGUGACUGAAAUUGGUUUGGUCUGAAGCAUAAUAGAUAAAGCCAAUAUUUGUUCUCUCCCCCAGCCUUUGUCCCUGCUCCUCCAGUUGCCCAAGUGCCUGCACCAGCACCGUUGCCCCCAUCUCAUCCUCCACCCCCACUGGAUGAUGAGCCAGCUGCAAAGAAAAUGAAGAAUGAAGACUCAUUGAUGCCAGAAGAGGAAUUCUUGCGCAGGAACAAGGUAUGUCUGUUUGUGGCUUUUGUGGUCUAGUUCAAGGAAGAGUGCCUUAUGAAUGUGCCAAUGCAUGGUUCAAAAGUGCUUACUUUGAUGUUUGUUUUUACAGGGACCAGUUACAGUCAAAGUCCAAGUUCCUAACAUGCAGGACAAAACAGAAUGGAAGCUGGGAGGGCAGGUCUUGGCAUUUACACUGCCAUUGUCUGAUCAGGUAAACUCAAAUAAUAGAACAUGUUUAAAAAUAUUGUUUAUCAGUUUUUCACUUUGUCAAGCAACUGUAACCCAUGUGUUGAUAAAGUGGGUAGCAAUGAUUUUAUUUGGUUUUAUUUAUUCUUUAUGAGCCUGGUUUCUUUAUACAUAUAAACACAAAUGCACAAGCGUAUUGUGUCAUGUGACCAUUACACCAACAGACUAUUAUGAGCGAUACUGCUUUCCAACAAUACCACUUACAGGUGACCAUGAAAUAUCUAGUAGGGGAUUACAUUUCACAAACUGUCUUAUUGCAGGUGUUGCAUUCUUUCACAGUACCACACUUGAUUUCACUGAGCUCUUCGGAACUACCAUUUUUAUUUUAAAUAUAGACUGCAGGGCUAGGUGCUUGAUUUAAUACUCCUUAUGCAAUGGGUCUGAUUGAAACACCUGAAUACAAUACUUUUGUCCAUAUAGUACAAGUGUCAUGUCUAUUCUUGGAUUGUCUAACAUCCCUUAACUUUUGCCACUCCAGGUCUCCGUCAUAAAGGUUAAAAUCCAUGAAGCUACUGGAAUGCCAGCUGGAAAGCAGAAGCUUCAGUAUGAUGUAAGAUUUGGAGAAUUUUUUUAUUAUUUAUUUAUUUUUAUUUUUUUAAAACAUGUAAGGCCUGAAAUAUUGAGAUUUUACAUUUUGUUUUUUUUUUCCUCCUACAGGGGAUUUUUAUUAAAGAUUCAAAUUCUCUGGCUUACUACAAUAUGCAGAAUGGAGCCACAAUCCACCUUGCUCUGAAAGAGAGAGGAGGCAGGAAGAAGUGAGACUUUGAAGCAUCAUUCGAGAUCUCCCAUAACACCACAUGUAUCCUGGAGCACAUGUUAGAGGCAUAUGGCCUAACAAUGCUUAUGGAAAGUAAAUAUUACAUGAGAUUAUGCAAAAAAACUACUGAUUCACAAACCAUGUAAUGUAGUCCUAGAGCCUACUGUUAUCAUUCAAAUGUACAGCACAACACGGCAAGCAUUCUUUAAGCCAUCCUUCAAUAUUUCUUUUCGUAUGGCAUUCCUUAUGCUUUUGAUAUUCAUGUCUCAGACCAUAUGAAUCCGUUUGAGCCUCCAGCAAAAAUGUUAGUGUGCCCAUGUUAAAAAGCCUGUGCCACAAAUCUUUGUAUAUUUACAACCUUGUGGUGUUAUUGUCAUUACAAGGCAUUCAAAGUAUAGUGCGAUCUGUACCGUAGCUUGUCUGGUCGUGCAGAUUAUGUUCAAUAAAAGUUUCAACUUACGUUCACAUUUGUAAAGCCUGUUUGUAUGAUCAUUGGGUGCAAUGUGGGAUGCUUGAUGUUGCCCUCCUGUGGUAAGGAAAUUCAUCCAUUACUGUUUGAAUUUGUUUUCUAGAUUAUGCUUUGGUAAGUUUUAAAUUUGAGUGUCCUGUGAGAUUCAAUUUUGUCAUGUUUGUAUUCUGUUGACUUUAUCGUUUGCAUACUGUAUUUUUUUUUUUUUCUUCUUUUCUUGUAUUUGGAUUGAAUAUAGAUACUGAGAAUUCAAUUUGAGGUUGUCGUUACAAUAUAUACAUAGAAGGUGACCAGGAAUAAUUGUAAAUUGUAUUUUAAUGGAAUGCUGUUCCUGCUAGCUCAAGAUUGUUACAAUGCUGCUUUUCUGUUAUACAUUUUGCUUUAUUAAUUUACUGAUAUAUGUAACCAGUGAGCUCAGUUUCCGGUCAGCCUCUAAAAC